AGGGUAAGGAAAUGUAAACCAGGAAUAAACAGAAAAAAAUAUAUAUUUCAACUCUAUUUGAGCAUCCAGUAAGAAGAAUGUGCAGGAUACAGAUCUAGUGCAUUAGUACAGUCCACACAACUUACAGCUUUGCUGGAUGUCAGGAGACUACAGCGUCCCCCUGUGCUCUGCUUUUUCACCAAACCCAGUGAAAUGUGCAAGGCAAAGUAAACAUUACAGAGCUGCUAAUCAUAUCCUCUGAAAGAAAACAGCACUUCUCCUCAGGAUCUGGGGAGGAUCAGAUCUUUUCUUACAGCUGCUCCUGAGUGGACCUUUCUAUUCUCUUCUGUUUUUUCCCUUUAAAUUUGGAUGUUUGUUUUUUUCUUGCAAUGGGACCGAUUUUGCAACCUUUAUACUUGCAGAGUUUUAUCUUGGCUUUUGUUUUAAUGGUGACUGGUUUUUUGGAUGAUACUGUAGAGAAAACAUUUAAAUCAGAGGGAUAUUGUAGCAGGAUUUUAAGAGCUCAAGGAAGCACUAGAAAGGAAGGAUACAAUGAAUUCAGUCUGAGAGUAGAGGGAGAUCCGGAUUUCUACAAACCAGGAACCACUUACAGAGUGACCCUCUCCGCUGCAAGCCCCUCCUACUUCAGAGGAUUCACCCUGAUUGCUUUGAAAGAGGGCAAAGAAGGAGAAAAAGAGGAGGACCAUGCUGGGUCUUUUCAGAUAAUAGAUGACGAGGAUACGCAGUUUAUGAGUAACUGUCCAGUAGCUGUCACUGAGAGUACCCCACGUAGAAGAACACGGAUUCAAGUUUUCUGGACAGCGCCUCCUGCAGGACUUGGUUGCGUGGUACUUAAGGCAAGCAUUGUACAGAAAAAAAUCAUUUACUUUCAAGAUGAAGGAUCCCUUACAAAAAGGAUGUGUGAACCAGACUCUUCCUUUGAAGGAGGAAAUGAGAAGCCAAUUCCCGAUUGUUGUGCUUGUGGAACAGCUAAAUAUAGAUUAACUUUUUAUGGAAACUGGUCAGAAAAAUCACAUUCAAAAGAUUAUCCAAGACGAGCCAAUCACUGGUCAGCAAUUAUCGGAGGGUCCCACUCGAAGGAAUAUGUUUUGUGGGAAUAUGGUGGAUACGCCAGUGAAGGCGUUAAACAGGUAGCUGAGUUUGGAUCUCCAGUCAAAAUGGAAGAAGAAAUCCGGCAGAAGGGAGAUGAAGUACUGACGGUGGUCAAAGCCAAGGCUCAGUGGCCGGCCUGGCAACCUCUGAAUGUGAGAGCUGCACCAUCAGCUGAAUUCUCUGUGGACAGGACUCGUCAUCUGAUGUCUUUUCUCACCAUGUUGGGGCCAAGCCCGGACUGGAAUGUUGGAUUGUCUGCUGAGGAUCUCUGCACCAAGGAAUGUGGCUGGGUACAAAAAGUGGUCCAAGAUCUCAUCCCAUGGGAUGCCGGCACUGACAGUGGGGUCACUUAUGAGUCUCCCAACAAGCCUACAAUCCCACAAGAAAAAAUCCGACCUUUGACAAGCUUGGAUAACCCUCAAAGUCCUUUCUAUGACCCAGAAGGAGGACCCAUUACACCAGUUGCCAGAGUUGCUAUUGAAAGAAUUGCCCGAAAGGGAGAGCAGUGCAAUAUUGUGCCUGAUAACGUAGAUGACAUUGUAGCGGAUCUGGUUCCUGAAGAAAAAGAAGAAGAUGACACUCCUGAGACAUGCAUCUAUUCCAACUGGUCUCCUUGGUCUGCUUGUAGCUCUGCUACAUGUGAUAAAGGAAAACGAAUGAGGCAGCGUAUGUUAAAAGCUCAGCUGGACUUAAGUGUCUCCUGCCCAGACACCCAGGAUUUUGAACCAUGCAUGGGUCCAGGCUGCAGUGACGAUGAAGGAUCUACAUGCAUGAUGUCAGAAUGGAUCAUAUGGUCACCGUGUAGCGCUACUUGUGGAAUGGGAAUGAGAUCACGGGAGAGAUAUGUUAAACAGUUCCCCGACGAUGGGUCCAUGUGUAAAGUUCCAACAGAAGAAACUGAAAAAUGUAUUGUUAAUGAUGAAUGUGAGCCGAGCAGCUGUAUCAUGACGGAGUGGGGUGAGUGGGAGGGAUGUAGCGCUACAUGCGGAAUGGGUAUGAAGAAGCGACAUAGGAUGAUGAAGAUGACUCCAGCUGAUGGCUCCAUGUGCAAAACAGAAACAUCAGAGGUGGAGAAGUGUAUGAUGCCAGAGUGCCACACAAUCCCAUGUAUGCUCUCUCCUUGGUCUGAUUGGAGCGACUGCAGUGUGACAUGCGGCAAGGGGGCCAGAACGAGGCAGAGGAUGCUGAAGUCACCAGCUGAACUUGGAGAUUGUAAUGAGGAGCUGAAGCAAAUGGAGAAGUGCAUGCUCCCUGAAUGCCCAAUAAACUGUGAAUUGACUGAGUGGUCUCAUUGGUCGGAAUGUAACAAAUCAUGUGGGAAAGGUCAUAUGAUUCGAACAAGAAUGAUCACAAUGGAGCCACAGUUUGGAGGGGUUCUUUGCCCAGAAACUGUACAGCGGCAAAAAUGUAGACUACGAAAAUGCCAGAAGACAGGAGGUACAGAAAAAAGACGUCUUAAAGAAGCCCGAGAGAAAAGGAGGAGUGAAAGAACAAAGGAAGAUGCAGAUGGGGAACAAUAUCCAGUUUGCAAAAUGAAACCAUGGACUUCCUGGACAGAAUGCACCAAAUAUUGCGGAGGGGGGAUUCAGGAGCGGUUUAUGACUGUAAAGAAGAGGUUUAAAAGCUCUCAGUUUACAAGUUGCAAAGACAAGAAAGAAAUACGAGCCUGUAAUGUCCAACCAUGUUAACAAAUAUCUUUGAGGGAUGCACUGUAAUCUGAAUGGGAAUUAAUCUUUAUUAGAUUUUUUAUCACAGAAUAUACAGUGCUUUUAUUUUGCAAUGUACUUUGCUUACUUUUCUUGCCAGUGCAAGAACUUCUUAUAUUUUUUUAAAUAUCCCUUCACAUGUAAUUGAUUCAUCAGAUUAGUUCUGUGCAUACUGUAUACAGAUCAUUAACACUUGGUCAUUAUUGAGAGAAUUUGACUCUGGAUGAGGAAUAAACAGUACCUUCCAAACCAAAUCAAAUUACAGUAAAAUAGGAUGCAUGCAAGAGCAAAUAAGACCACAAUAAGACAAACUGUAACCAGCUUUGUUUAUAAAAUAUACAUUUAUAGGCUGGGCAAGGACUAAGACGCUCAUUAGAUACAUCUGCUGUGUUUGCAUCUAAACAAAUACUACUGUUUUCUCUUUUUCUUCUCUGAUAGACUAAGCAUGUGUGUAACAGGAUCUUUGUAGAAAAUAUUUGCCUUGAUGUAAAAUGUUGAACUUACUGUAAAUUUAGAACAAAACACAUUUUUUAUGAUGCAGUGCAUAUUUGGAUAAAAGGGUGCAGGGCUGGACUGGGAAUAAAAAGCAGCCCCGGAACAAUAUGAAGACUAGCCCUAUUUUCUGUUGCGUCGGUAGAUUGCACAUGCCCCAUUUUUCUCAAUUCUUAUUACUGAAAUACCCCUUCCCCCAAUAUUUUUUUGAGAAUUAAAUAAUAUUACUUUUUAUUAAAUAAAAGUGCCAGAUUGUUGUAUAGGCACCCUACAACCCAUAUUCAUCCAUUAAUCACACCUUUAAAUUGUAGCUUUCCAGCCCCAGCUGCUGCAGCCCACCAGGAAAUCUCCUGGUUUCCUGGUAGGCCAAUCCGGUCUUGCAAGGGUGCUGAGUAAAAAUUCUAAUUUCUUUGGCUCAAAAAUAAAACCUAUGGAAUUGUGUAUUGCAAAAGUGGAACACCCUACUGACUUCAAUCAACUCAAAUUGUCAAUUGAGAUAUAUGGGCCUGAUUAUCAAAAACUCACUGGUGUGGUGAGAAAUCACAUUAAACUUUUUUUAUUAUUACUAUUUCUUUAAAGCAUUAUAUUGUAAUAUUUGUAUCUCAACUUCACAUCCAGAACCCUACUUAGCAAGACAAGUAGCUUUCAAGGUAAAAAUUUGCCUUUCUAAAAUUAUUAGAUAAUCUCACCAAACCAGAGAGUAUUAGAGAAUCAGGCCCAUGAUAACCUGUACUGCCAUUUACAUUCAGAUUAAUAGUUGCUUCCAGAUAAAUUACUUUCUUCAAAUAGUAUUUUUUCAGAUUUUUUUGUGUGUGGAUAUUAUAAGAAAUUAUGAGCACAUGUAUAAGAUGAUAAAAAUGUAUUUUUUGCAAGUCAUUUCUUUUUUACUCUUAAAUUCUAUUUUAAAGAGGCAUAAACCCCAUUUUUUUAUCAUGAUUCAGAUAGAGCAUACAAUUUUAAACAACUUUUCAAUUUAUUUUUAUUAUAAUUUUUUUUCAUUUCCUUGUUAUCCUUUGUUAGAAAGCAGGAAGUUAAGUUCAGGAGUGUGCAUGUGUCUGCGGAAGUUUUGGAACAAUGUUAUACAUUAACAUGAGCAGUAGAUGACAGCACUAUUUCCUGUCAUGUAGUGCUUCAAAGAUGUGCAUAUUACAAACCUAGGUAUCUCUUCAACAAAGAAUAACAUGAGAACUAAGCAAAUUUGAUAAUAGAGAAUACAAUUUAUUUAUUUUUUCAAUUUACUUCUAUCUGAAUAAUGAAAGACAAAAUGUUGGGUUUCAUGUCCCUUUACGGAUUGUCUCCUUUCUUCAAAUUAACAAACCUCAAAGCACUUCAUAGUGGAAGAGAAGGGAAGUUACAUCAUUUUAUUGCUAAGAUUUUGAUAUGGGAUAGUUACUUUUAAAUGGAUGCAAUAGUUUGAAAAUAAAUAAUUGGUGUAUUUGUAAGUACUAAGAUAUAAAUGUUUUUAUUAAAGAUUCCAAUUUCAAAUCUAAAUUGUUCUCUCCUCUAGUGUGACAUGCAUAUGGCUAUAUGCAUGGCAACCAAUUGGAUGCUGUACAUACAUCUGUAUACUUGUCUUUAUGGAGAGUGCAUACUACUAUGCAGGGUGUAGAGCAGUUUUAGCCUAUAACACAAUGAAUCUAAUGCAAAAAUAAAAUUCUCCAAUUUGUGCAUAUUCUGCAUCUAAUUGGAGCUUCAACUAUGUGUUUACCCCUCUGUAUGGAGUUAAACACAUAACUAGAGAGGACAUUAGUUCAAAAAUGACGUUUUAAUUAGACAAAAUUUAUUUUACAUUAGGAUUCCCCUUAAAACAUACAUUUCUGAUGAAUACAAAAGAGACAUUUUAACAAUUUACAAUAUUUUCUUACAGGUAUUUUGUUUAUUACCAUGACCUUUUCAUUAUGUCAUUUAUAUAUUUUAAGUAAUGAUGGUUUCUUCUUCAUAAAUGACUUUAAACACUGACAAACACCAAUGAACCCAUGCAGAACCUAUUCCCACUGUUGAAUUUAAAAGCAAUUGGAUAAUGAUUAUAUUUAUUAGUAUAAAAAGUGUAUUUAAGUUAAAAAGAUGCACAUAUGCAUUAUACAUACAGCUAAAAAAUUAACUAUAAUGUGUAUAUUGUUUUAGGUUACAUCUUAUUUUCCAAAUCUAUUGCAACAUCCAUAGACCAAUUUUUAUUGGCAAUUAUCUUUUUAUGUGUUAUAUAUUCAGUCUUUACACUCUCUAAACUCAGACACAGCAAACUACACAAGAAGUAUUAUUCUAAAACUGUAGUUUGUGGAAUAUACAAAGCAAUUGGUAAAAAUGCAAGAAUAAUAAUUAAAAAAAAUAGGUUAAAAGAAGGUCAUUUAAAUUGUUUCUAAAUAUCCAUACAAAUAAUAUUUUUUUUCAUUUUUAGAGUUUAUUGGCAUUGAAAAUUGCUUUGAACAGUAUGAUCAUUAUCUUAAUUGUUAUUGCAAUAAUUAGUUGUUGUUUUUUAAUUCUGUUUCUAGUAUUAAUCUUUCCUAGUCAUUAAUUCAAAUCAGAAAUUUAGUAAUAAUGUUAUUUUUUCUUUACAUUUACACCACUUUUUUUGUCUUAAGAAGCCAAAUUAAUUAUAACUGAAAGUCAGAGGGCUUAAACAAUAUAAUAUGUAUGUGCCUGAUUUGAAUGUCUACUUUGGUUUCUCUAUUUUUAUUAUUUUGCGGUGGAAUUUUUGAUAAAUCUGUCACAAAUAUAUUUCCUACCAAAGUCUUGUGUGAUUGUUUUCUAGUUGUAUGUCUAACACACUAUUAUUUUGGAAUAAAGACAUCUUUACAAGAAA